GGCUCCAGUCCAGCUGGUCGCAGUAAUGCACCAAAAGCUGCUUCACCAACCUCCGAGAAAACCCACGAGAAAAAAACCAUGCGGCAUCAUUCUUGAGAGACACGGAUCUGAAUAAAUGAAUCUGGUUUCGGAAGCGUUUGAUGGACGUUAUGCGUUUUGAAUUGGGAAGAUGAAGUGAGAGAAUAACCAAAAACAUCGUGAAAACAGCUGCCAUCCGUACAAAAUGAGCCCAGGAGAAGACACCCCUGCAGACCGCGGCUGCUUCGUGGGGAUCAUAUUCUUCAUCCUUGGCCUGGGAACGCUGUUGCCAUGGAACUUCUUCAUGACGGCGUCUAUGUAUUUCAACAACAGACUCAACACGUCUGAAUGGAUUAAUGGAACAGUAACCACCAGGAAAGAGUAUUAUUUCAAUAACUGGAUGACUCUGCUAUCCCAGCUGCCUUUGCUGCUGUUCACUUUGCUCAACUCUUUUCUCUAUCAGUGGAUCUCAGAGAAGAUGAGGAUAGCAGGCAGUCUGGUCUUCAUCCUGCUCCUCUUCAUCCUCACUGCUGUGCAGGUGAAGAUCCUGAUGGGGGAGGACCGGUUCUUCUCCGUCACCAUGGCAACCAUCUGGUUUAUCAAUUCGUUCGGGGCCGUGUUACAGGGAAGUCUGUUUGGUUUGGUGGGUUUGUUGCCGCAGAAGUACAGCGCCGUCUUUAUGAGCGGACAGGGACUCGCUGGGACAUUUGCUGCUCUUGCAAUGAUCUUCGCCAUCGCAAGUGAAGCUGAUAGUGAAUCUGCAGCUCUGGGUUAUUUCAUCACUCCGUGUGUCGGGACCCUCGUCACCCUCUUCAGUUACAUGCUGCUGCCAAAGCUGGAGUUUGCUAGAUUUUACCUGGACCGCAAAAGCGUCAAAAAACAAAAGAGUUACGAGCUUGAGACGUCUAGCCGGCUGCUGACUACAGAUGCAGUUGAAGACUCUAACGGCUCUGUGCUGAACGGGAAUCCUAAUAAAGGUGAUGACAUUGAAGAGGAGGGUGUGAAACAGGCCUUCAUCACGCUGCCGUCAGAAAACACGGCGUCCACUCAGAAGAGCUCCGUCCUGCAGGUCUUAAAAAAGAUCUGGGUUAUGGCGUUCUGUGUGACGUUUGUGUUCACAGUUACUCUGUCAGUUUUUCCUGCGGUUACGGUGGAUGUGAAAACUGUGUAUGGAGGAAAAUGGGAACGGUACUUCAUUCCUGUUGUUUGUUUUCUCAUCUUUAAUGUGAUGGACUUUAUUGGCAGAUCUGUCACGUUACUAUUUAAGUGGCCCUCUAAAGAGAGUCGUUUGUUUCCGGUGUUGGUCGUUUGUCGAGUGAUCUUCAUUCCGCUGCUUAUGAUGUGUAACGUGCAGGACAGAAACUACAUGCCUGUGCUCUUCUCGAACGACAUCAUGUUUGCUGCUGUCAUGGUGUUUUUCUCUGUGUCCAGUGGAUACUGUGUGUGUCUGUCCAUGACGUACGCGCCACAGCUUGUGGAGCCUAAAGAUGGCGAGAUGGCCGGCGCGUUGAUGACGUUUUUUCUGGCUCUGGGUUUGUCGUUGGGAGCAGCGUUCUCAUUUCCUCUGCGUUUUCUGGUCUGACACUCACGAUCUCGCUCUCACUCCCGAAUCCUCGGCUCUCAGGGUGUCUGCAGUAGGGCCGCGAUAAUAAAUCGUUGCAUAGCGAUUCAGAGACUUUAUGAACGAAUCGCGAUUCUCUCUGGCAGCCAUGUCACCCUGCAGCCCAAGACUGGUUACUCACUGAAGCUAAGCAGGGCUGAGACUGGUCAGUACCUGGAUGGGAGACCUCCUAGGAAAACUAGGUUGCUGAUGGAAGAGGUGUUAGUGAGACCAGCAGGGGGUGCUCACCCUGCGGUCUGUGUGGGUCCUAACGCCCCAGUAUAGUGAUGGGGAAACUAUACUGUAAAAAGCACCGUCUUUCGGAUGAGAUGUUAAACCGAGGUCCUGACUCUCUGUGGUCAUUAAAAAUCCCAUGACAC